AGCACGUUAAGCUCUUUCUUUCACAGUCGCCGGUGGACCAGUCUUUUCGCACUCUCCGUUCCUAUAUAAUGACAGAGUGCGCAGUGCGCUUACCCUCUUCUUCUCGCGCUCUCUCUGCUAACUUGCGCAUCUCACCUACCCGAUUCUCUCCUCUCCGCCGAUCUCUGCCGUUGACCUCUGCAUCUAUUAUUGGCAAGUCACUUUUUUGCUCGCGCUCACAUAGGAGAAUCUCAGUAUUGAGUACAAACUCAUCGAAAUCUCAGUUUACAACUAAAUCAUCAAUGGCUGAGACUGUGACAGGGAAAAGUAAAGGGAAAGUAGAAGUGUUUGAUUCUGAAGAGGAACUUGCCGUGUCUCUUGCGAAGUACACAGCUGAUUUAUCGGAGAAGUUUUGCAAAGAGAGAGGUUCUUUUUCUGUUGUUGUUUCCGGGGGUUCACUUAUCAAAUCUCUUAGGAAAUUGGUGGAGCCACCAUAUAUUGAUUCAAUAGAUUGGUCGAAGUGGCACGUUUUCUGGGUGGAUGAAAGAGUGGUUCCAAAGGACCAUCCGGAUAGCAAUUAUUUGCUUGCUUAUGAUGCUUUUCUAUCCAAGAUACCUAUUCCUAGUGGCAAUGUGUAUGCGAUAAACGAUGCACUAUCAGCAGAGGGUGCGGCAGAUGAUUAUGAGACUUGUCUAAGACACUUGGUUAAGAGCAAGAUUGUAGACAUAUCUGAUGCUACUGGAUUUCCAAAAUUUGAUGUGAUGCUAUUGGGUAUGGGUCCCGAUGGGCAUGUAGCUUCCUUAUUUCCCGGGCAUCCUCUUGUCCAUGAGACAGAAAAAUGGGUCACCUUCAUCAAGGAGUCCCCAAAACCUCCACCGGAAAGGAUUACAUUUACAUUUCCUGUAAUAAACUCAUCCGCGAAUAUCGCUCUUGUUGUAGCAGGUGCUGGGAAGGCAGAUGUAGUGCAUAAAUCGCUAUGUGAUAGUGAAAGUUCUGAUUUGUUGCCCGUGCAGAUGGUUUCACCUGAAGGAGAAUUGGUUUGGUUUUUGGACAAGGCUGCAGCUUCAAAGCUGUAAAGGAUGAAGAUACGUGAGUUGUGAAUUAGUUCAGUGCUGUGUGUGUAUUUUUGUAAUUUCAAUACAUUCUCAAGAAGGGAUGUCUUCCUCAGUAUUGCCGGUAAAAUGCUGAGGUUUCAUAUGCCAGUAUCCAGUUGUUGGCAGUUUUUCCUCACUUGUUCUUGUAAUGAUGCUUGGCUAUCAGGGAGUCGCUAAUAAAAGUGCAAUUUGUGCUGUUAU